CCCGCGGAACAUGUCUGAUUCUAAGAAAAUUAAACUCGAUUCGCCCGGAAAAGGCGCAGGCCACAACAGGCAAAAGAAAGGUAACUUCGGAAAACGUAACUUUUACGCCAGAAACGAUCGCUUCAUGCAACCGGGCCAACGUGGAUUCCUGGUAACGUGCAACGGUCGGGUGCAUGAUUGCACGCGGGACAGCUACCGCAUCCUGAACGAGUACGCCGAUCAAUUGUACGGUCCGGCGGUGGCGGCGGCGGCUCCAGCGGAACCGACCGACGCGGCCAAUGAAAAGUCGGGCGACGAAAGCGAAGAAGAUAUUUCAGUGACGUUGCAGAAGGAAACGGAAGCGGCCGGGAAAACGAAAAUGAAAGCGAUGCGCUUUCAACAGGUCGACAGCGGCGCCACAAACUGUCUUUUCAUACGAACAACUCUGAAGGAACCGACCGAGUUGGCACUUCGGGUGCUGAAAGAUUUGAGCGACAGCAAAAAACCAAAGUCUCGCUUCAUCCUUCGCAUGGUGCCCAUCGAGGCAGUUUGUCGGGCGAACCUGCGCGACUUGAUCGACACCGUCGGCGGCCUGUGCGAUCGACACUUUCUGAAGGAACCGAAAACCUACGCCAUCAUUUUCAACCAUCGGCUAAACAACGAACUUUCGCGAGACGACGUCAUUCGCGAACUGGCUCAGCUAAUCACAUCGAAGAAUGUCGGCAAUAAGGCGAACCUGAGUAAUCCGGACCUGGCCGUCAUAGUCGAGGUAAUCAAGGGCCUUUGCUGCAUCGGUAUCCUGCCGGACUACUAUCAGCUGCGAAAGUACAAUUUGGCGGAAGUCGUGACACAGCCCCAAGCACCCCCGAUGCCUUCAUCAUCUGCUACUGCCGAAAAUACAGAACCCACCAUAGACACCAUUUCCAGUGAAACAGUUCCGAAGUAG